AACGCUAAGAAGGCCGAGGUCGCUGCUCAGAAGCAGGCAGUAGAGAACCAAAAGAAGGCAAAGGUUGAAGCAGAAGAAUGGAGCAAGGGCGCAAAGGACAACUCCAAGGCAAAGCUGAAGCCGAUCGCAAGAAGGCCGAAAAGGCAGCCCUCGCAGCCGAAGAAGAGGCCUCUCUCCCCCUCUAAGAAGACCGGAAACGCCAAAACCGCCCAAAAGAAGUCCCGCGGUCUCGAUCUGUCUGGCCUUGAUGGUCCUUCCUCGCUCUCCGCCCUCUCCGCAACCGGUAUCGACAACGCUCUGGACGCUUUGUCUUUGACCGCCAACAGCUCAGACAAGAUCGACCGUCACCCCGAACGCCGCUUCAAGGCCGCCUACACCCAAUACGAAGAACGCCGUCUAGAAGAGAUGAAAGACGAGAAGGGCCUGCGCCGUCAACAAAAGAUCGAGCAGAUCAGAAAGGAGUUUGAGAAGCACCCCGACAACCCUUUCAACCAAGCCAAUGCUUCCUACAACAGCACAAGAGAGGACCUGCAAAACAUCCGCGAGGGCGAAAAGGCAAAGAUCGAGAAGAGACUUGGUGGUCCU